CUUUUCUUCUUAUCAUACAACCACCACUUGCGCGCAUACCCUUUUCAUAUAUAUUUUCCAUGGAAAAAACAACGCCGAUUCAGCCUCAUGAUCAGCACCCAACAUGCAGGAACUUGACCACAAUCCUAAGCAUUGAUGGGGGUGGUAUCAGGGGGAUCAUCCCUGCUGCCAUACUUGCUUUCCUUGAAUCACAACUUCAGGAGUUGGAUGGAAAGGAAGCUAGACUUGCAGACUAUUUUGACGUGAUUGCAGGAACGAGCACAGGGGGUCUUGUUACCGCCAUGUUAGCUACUCCAAAUGAAAAUAAUCGACCUCUCUUUGAUGCUAAGGAUAUCAAACCCUUCUAUCUCGAGCAUGGUCCUCGAAUUUUCCCACAGUACAGUGGCUUAUUCGGAGCAAUCAGAAAAAUAUUCAGAUCUCUGACAGGACCAAAGUAUGACGGGAAAUACCUCCAUGGGGUUCUAACGGAGAAACUAGGGGAAACUCGGUUGGAUAGCACAUUGACCAAUGUUGUUAUACCAACAUUUGAUAUCAAGCACCUGCAACCAACCAUUUUCUCAUCACAUGAGGCCAAAAAGGACCCUUGUUUGAAUGCUCGACUGUCUGACAUAUGUAUUGGCACGUCGGCAGCUCCAACUUAUCUUCCUGCUCACCACUUCAGCCACCGAAACGGUGAUGGAAAUUUUAGUAAAUUCAAUCUUAUAGAUGGUGGUGUUGUUGCAAACAAUCCGGCUCUUGUUGCCAUAAACCAAGUAACCAAACAGAUCCUUGAUGAAAAUCCUGAUUUCUUUCCAACCAAAUCCACAGACUACGGUCAAUUUCUGGUGAUCUCAAUAGGAACAGGCUCAGGAAAGAUAGAGAAAAGAUACAACGCUAAAAUGGCGGCCAAAUGGGGCCUUCUGAAUUGGUUAAUUCAUGGAGGUUCAGUUCCAUUAGUGGAUGUGUUUACUCAAGCAAGUUCAGAUAUGGUUGACUUGAAUCUAGCUGUAGUUUUCCAAGCCCUUCAUUCAGAAGAGAAUUACCUUAGAAUUCAAGAUGACACAUUGACUGGAACAGCAGCUUCAGUUGAUGACUCUACGAUUGAGAACUUGAACAAACUUGUAGAGAUCGGGGAGAGACUAUUGAAGAAACAUGUAUCAAGGGUGAAUUUGCAGACGGGUUUGUUCGAACCAGUCAAACAUUGUGGCACAAAUGAGGAGGCUUUGAGACUCUUAGCAAAAAAGCUUUCGCAAGAAAGAAAGUGUCGAGAAGGAAAACUUGCAUACAAGGAGAAUCUGAAAGUUGAUCAAGCCGCUACUCAUCUUUAAGUCGGGCUAUUAAGCACGUGCCUGCCUCUGAUCUGCAUUAAUAUGUGUUGUAGUCAAAAUUUUUUCAUUUUUUAUUCAACUGAUAAUUCUUUUCAUUCUUCAAAUUUGUUGUACUGUGUCA